AUGGAAGGAGACCAAGCUCUUGGUGAUAUACCACAAACUGUAAAGAUAGUUGAUGAUGUUCUUGCAUACGAUUAUUCUUAUAAGGAUCAUCUAGCCCAUAUUAUUUCUAUCUUGCAAAAUGAUUUGCCUUUUAGGAGAGUAAAGGAAGCACUUACUGCACCCCCUGUACUUGCACAUUUUGAUGCAACUUUGCCAACCAUGUUGCAAACAGAUGCAUCGUUGUCUGGAUGGCCUUGUGUAUCUUCGUGUCAGGGUAUAGCUUCUGCAGCCCAUCUAGUACGGCCACUGAAGGCUAUAUUUUCAGAUACUGGUGUUCCUGUUUUGUUGAAAACUGAUGGAGGACCACAGUUUGCUUCAUCAGCUUUGAGACGUUUUAUAUCUCGCUGGGAAGUAGAACAUCGCAUUACUUCGCCAUAUAAUCCGAAGGCAAAUGGACAUGCAGAAGCAUCAGUGAAAAUUAUCAAGAAGCUGAUUAUGACUACUGCAAAGAAUGGGAACCUGGAUGCGGAUGAAUUUGCCCAUGGAAUGUCUUUUAUUCCAACACAUCGUCGCUCAUUUGCCAAAGAGGGGCAAAAGAAAGCAGAGGAAUGUGAUGUUAAUGCAGAGUUUUUGCGAAGUCAGGCGAAGCAACGAUACGACAGUACUGCCAGAUCCCUUUCUCAUUUGAAAAUGGGUAGUUACGUUGAUGUUCAAGAUCACACCAAAGGACUUUGGAAUCGCCCAGGUGUUGUUGUCGGCAUUGGAUCCAGGCGAGAUUAUCUCAUAAAGAUGGGCAGUGGGCGCAUUUUGUGGAGAAACCGAAAGUUCCUGAGACCACAUCGACCUUUUCUACCAAUAUAUGGAUCAAGCCUUGAUGCAACUAAUACUCCCAGUAAACCAAAGUAUGUGGAAAGGUCACAAGAUAAUUCUACUGCUGAGGUUAUUAGCAAAUCAAUCUUGCCUACACCAGCUCCACGUCGUAGUUUGCGGCAUAGGAAAGAACCUGAUCGUCUACAAAUGGAUUCGAAGCCACCAUAUAGAAAAAUGGAUUUUCUCUAG